AUGUCCCCGCAUUAUUAUCAAGCGUAUCUACAGGCUGCUGCUCAAACACCAACCACGAAUGCAGAGGGGUAUACCUUAUCAUCAACUUAUGACCCAAGAGCAUCUGCACAAAAUGCAUACAAUAACAAUCCACCUGGUUCCUCUAGACAUGUUGAUAAAAACGCAGGACGGGAUCGAGAAAAAAGCAGACCUACCAACCAUACGCCCAGCUGGUAUCAGUCAGGUAACUGUCCAUGUACGAAGCAAGGUUGUGCUUUCGUUGGCUCAAAAAAGUCUGUUGAAAUACACAUGAUGGACCGCCACUUGAUCUACCCUCCAGGGUGGGAUCACAAAAAGAAAGAGCAAAAUUGGGAUGCCGAUCCAAGCCUCAAAGGCAAAAUCAUUCCAAUACAUGGUACUUCUAUCGUACUUGACACGCCUGAGGCCCUCGAUGCUUGGAUUGCUGAGCGGAAAAAGAGAUUCCCAACCACGGAACGCGUGAUAGACAAAAAGCGUAAGCUCGAGGAGGCUGCUGCACGUGGGCAAUUACCCCCAGAGGAUAUGGGAUUGCUGGGACAUAAGCGACGAAGGAUGGAAGAAAAUUCGAGAGAGGGCAGUGGAAAUUAUAGAGGUCGAGGACAGCGUGGCAGACAGCCAAGGGGGAGAGGACGGGGGCUCAGUAGGGGCAGGGGAGGCUCAACUGCAACGCAUAUAGAUACCCCAGUGGCGAACCUGGAAAGGUCAGCGCCUGUACCUACUAGUUCAGCUGGCCCUUCCCUUGUGGUGGAAGCUCUGUCAGGGAGCUCGUCUGAUUCAGAUUCAGACGAUGAGGUCCCAGAAGCAGUCUCGUCAAAGGCGCCUCCUGCGGAUGUAAAACCGCGCGCAGACGAAACAGAAAGUCCGCAGGUACAAACUGUGCAACCUCUACCAAAAAUCGUCAAGAAACCCAUACCUCCUCAGCCCAAAAAACCGCCCCAUAAUCCCUUUGCUUCCAGGCCCACUCUAUUACAUAAUUUGCUUCUCCCCGAGAUACGGAGAACGGUGUCAAAUCUAUCACAGGCAAUUCGUUUCUUAGUUAACAAUGACUUCUUACAAGACGUGGAGUCAAAACCAGGAGAAGCGGACGAAAAGCCGAUACAAGUUAUUGGCAGUAGCGACAACGUCGAGCUUACUAUACCACAGCAGUCGCAGUGA